GCGGGGGGGAGGGAAGCGGCGCGCGGGAUGGCGAGCGAGCGGCCCCUCCCCCCUAACCAGCUCCCGGGCGCUGAGAGCGGCCGGGAGUUUUCGCACCCGGGAGGCAGAUGCCGCCCUGGCUCUGGCUUGUUGCAGAUUUCUAAUCAACAUAAUGCUGAAGCAUCAACUUUGGAACCAACACUUUUCAAAAUGGCUGAGGUGGAUCUUAAUUUGGAUAAUGUUAUACCAACAACCAUUCUUCCAACUUACUGGGCAAAACUUCUAGUGGCAUUUGUUUCCUUUGUAUGCUUUGCCCAUAGUUAUGAUGGAGAUUUUGUCUUUGAUGAUUCAGAAGCCAUUGUCAACAAUAAGGAUCUCCGAGCAGAAACUCCACUCGGUGACCUUUGGCAACAUGACUUCUGGGGUAGUAAACUUAGCAGCAACACUAGCCACAAGUCUUAUCGGCCACUCACUAUCCUGACUUUCAGGAUCAACUACUAUUUAUCUGGAGGUUUCUAUCCAGUGAGUUUUCAUAUGGUCAACAUCCUUCUGCAUUGUAGCAUUUCUGUCCUAAUGAUUGAUGUCUUCUCAAUAUUAUUUGGUGGUCUACAAUAUACCAGUAAAGGAAGGAGAUUAAACCUGGCUCCCAAAUCGUCCCUUUUAGCAGCAUUAUUUUUUGCUGUUCAUCCAGUGCAUACAGAGUGUGUGGCUGGUAUCGUUGGCAGAGCUGACCUCCUGGGUGCCCUCUUUUUUUUGUUAUCUUUUCUUGGCUACUGUCAAGCAUUUAGAGAAAGUAACAAGGAAGGAACUCAAUUUUCUAUAUUCUGGGUGCUGCUGAGUAUUCUUUUGAGUGCCAUAGCUAUGCUAUGCAAAGAACAAGGGAUUACAGUACUGGGUUUCAAUGCUGUAUUUGAUGCCCUGGUGAUAAGCAAAUUAAAUAUUUUAGAAAUUGUUCAAAAGGUACGACAUAAAGAAAAGUCAUUGGAGAAUAUUGGAUGGCUUAAGAAUGGGAGUCUUCUCUUCAGAAUGACUCUCCUGUUUUCUGGAGGGGCAACAAUACUUUACUUGCGCUGGAGAAUUAUGGGCACUGGGCCACCAGUCUUUACUGAAGUUGACAACCCAGCAUCCUUUGCAGAUAGCAUAUUUAUCAGAGCUAUAAACUAUAAUUACUACUAUUCAUUGAAUGCAUGGUUGCUGCUGUGUCCCUGGUGGCUGUGUUUUGAUUGGUCAAUGGGCUGCAUACCCCUUAUUAAGUCAGUCAGUGACUGGAGAAUAAUUGCACUAGCAGCACUUUGGUUCUGCCUAAUUGGUCUAAUAUGCCAAGCUCUAUGCUCUGAAGACAGCCAUAAGAGAAGAAUACUCACUCUGGGAUUGGGAUUUCUCAUUAUCCCAUUUCUUCCUGCAAGUAACCUGUUUUUCAGAGUGGGAUUUGUUGUUGCUGAAAGAGUCAUCUACCUCCCUAGUAUUGGAUACUGCGUGCUUCUAACAUAUGGAUUUGGAAUACUAAGCAAACAUACUAAGAAAAAGAAACUUAUUGCUGCGACUGUACUAGGGAUUUUAUUCAUAAAUAUGGUACGUUGUAUUACCCGCUGUAGCCAGUGGAGAAAUGAAGAUCUGCUUUUCACAAGUGCCCUGUCUGUGUGUCCUCUCAAUGCUAAAGUACACUACAACAUUGGCAAAAACCUGGCUGAUAAAGGUGACCAGAUCGCUGCCAUCAGAUAUUAUAGGGAAGCUGUAAGAUUGAAUCCUAAAUAUGUUCAUGCCAUGAAUAAUCUUGGAAAUAUCCUGAAAGAAAGGAAUGAACUACAGGAAGCAGAGGAGCUAUUGUCUCUUGCUAUACGAAUACAACCAGACUUUGCUGCAGCAUGGAUGAAUUUAGGCAUAGUACAGAACAGUCUUCGGAGGUUUGGAGAAGCUGAGCGAAGCUACUGGACAGCAAUUAAAUACAGAAGAAAGUAUCCAGAUUGUUACUACAAUUUAGGGCGUUUGUAUGCAGACUUGAAUCGUCCCCUAGAUGCAUUGAAUGCAUGGAGAAAUGCAACUUUUUUGAAACCAGAGCACACUUUGGCUUGGAAUAAUAUGAUCAUACUGCUUGAUAAUACAGGUAACUUAGCCCAAGCUGAAGCAGUUGGAAGGGAGGCAUUAGAAUUAAUACCCAGUGAUCACUCUAUUAUGUUCUCAUUGGCAAAUGUACUGGGGAAAUCCCAAAAAUACAAGGAAUCUGAAGCUUUAUUCCUGAAGGCAAUUAAGGCCAAUCCAAAUGCUGCAAGUUACUAUGGUAAUUUGGCUGUGCUUUACCACCGUUGGGGAAACUUUGACUUAGCCAAGAAAUACUAUGAAAUUUCUCUGAAGCUUGACCCUCUGGCACCAGGGACCAAGGAAAAUUACAAUCUACUAAAAAGAAAACUAGAACAAUUGCAAACAAAUAGUGUUUGAUCAUUCUUUUCUCUCUCUUUUGUCUCGCAUGAUACAGAUCAUUAAUGUCUUAUGGUUUUUUUUAACCAUGUAAAAAAGUUUUAGUAAAUGGUGUUAAAUUUGAUUUUUUUAUAUGAAAACAAAAUAAAAACAUGAACGUACCAAAAAACUAUUGCAGCUCCAACAA